GCAAGAAAUGGUAAGAAAGUGAAAGGCAGUCUUGAGUCGUCACUAUCAAUCAAUUAUUCCAAAAUGAGAGCUGCUGUCAUAAUUUUAGGUUUAUUUGUCCUCACAAUUACCCAACCUUCACAAGGUGACAUUGUGGACGAUGUCGAGAAAACAAUUGAAAAGGCCAUCGCCAAAGCUAACAACGAAUUGGACGAUGUCAUUAGCCUUCUAAAAGAUAUUUCAGAUAUUUCUGGAAAAGCUGACAACAUCAUUUCAGGCGGAAAGAGUCAACUCAGUUCCUCCAUUUCUAGUAUUGAAAGCAUGAUCCGAGGGCUGGUUGUCAAAGCUUCUUGCGUCCAAAGUGCUUCCUCGGAAAUAACCCAACUGGAAGAUGUGAUGGCCAAAAACUUUGUAAUUUGCAGAGGAAAUUUGGCAGAGGCUCUCAGCAAGUUCGAAGAAAAUAUCCAAGGGGAUAUUACCAAUUUGAGGUCUAAUGUUGCACAAUUGACGGGUCUUGUCGAGUUGUGUUCAGAGAAUGCAGUAGAAGCAAUGUUCUGUGUUGCCACUAAGGUUGCCGCACUUGAGGGACUUAUUGGAAGCACUGUUGCAUCCGCUAAAGUAGCUAUCAAACUUAAUGAAAGUAGAAUGGCGCCUACUUUGAAAGAUAUCGAAAAGUGUACCACCAAGGCUAUCAGUUUAGCUACUCCCAAAAUUAACCAGAUUACAACAGCAGUGCAACAAUGCGUUUGAAAGAACUCAACUGUGUAAACAAUAUUUUCAAAUGAACCUUUUGUGCCUCCGUUAAAGCCAAUAAAUUAAAUAA